GAAAAAAAAACAGUUAUGUCCAUCAGAGAUUGGAGCGAUGGCAUUAAGAUACGUAUGAUUGCAUCUGAGAAAUUUGUAUGUGGUUUCAAUUUUACAGCAGAAGAAAAACAAGCUAAAGAUGGAAAUCAAGCUUCACCAACCCCUCAGCUCAGUGUCUGGCAGUUAGCAAGCCCUUCUCUGCCUCCUGAGUUGAAAAAGCUUAAUGGCAUGGUGGAGGCUGAACAGGUCAACAAGCGUUUGCUGUUUCGAAGGAAGCGGUCCAUUCUGUUUCCCAGUGGAGUUAAGAUCUGCCCCGAUGAAUCUAUUGAACAGGCUAUUGCCAACCACCUGAAAUACUUCAGACUCAGAGUAUGUCAGGAAACAGUCUGGGAGGUCUUCAAGACGUUCUGGGAUAGACUGCCAGAGCGUGAGGAGUAUCACACCUGGAUGAGCCUCUGUGAGGAAGGAACGAUGAGCAUCUUUGAAAUGGGCAGGAACUUCAGUCAAUCUGAGGAGCACCGAAGUCUGAUUGUGAAGAAACUGUCCUAUACAAAGGAAGCGAUGGCUGGCUCCUGCAAUGAUUGGUCUUGUGGGAGUGGGACUCCAACUCCAGCUUCGGAUGCUGAUGUUACCACACUGAGAGAUGCAGCUGCCAACGUUCCUCCCCCUCAUGAGGUGUCCAUUGAGAGUCCUGCAGGUGGUACCAUCCCUGAAACUGAAGAUGCAGACACAACUAUCAAUAAUGAGAUAAAGAAGGAGGAUGAGAAUCUCAUGAGGCCUGUAACUGAGCGGAUGAUUGAGUUCAGCAUUGUGAUUGUUGGAGAAAAGUACAGCGAGGAGCUGAGUGACCCAGACACCGUGAAGCGUCAGCUGCUCUCUGAACAAUUUGUUUCUCAGAUCCAAAAGGUAUUUGAAGGACUACCUGGAUACAAAAACAUCCGUGUCCUGGAAUUCAGCUCUCCUGAGGAGGACAGUGGGGUGGAAGUGCACUAUGCUGUUACUUUUGAUGGAGAAGCCAUCAGCAAUGCCACCUGGGACCUGAUUAACCUUCACUCCAACAAGGUGGAGGACAACUCCUUUAUGGACAUAGAGGAUAAUCCAACAGUUGUUUACACCAUCAGCGAUUUCCAAGAUUAUAUUGCUGAAAUUCUCCAGAAAAAUGCCUUGCUUGAAAACACUUCCUUGAUUUUAGACCCAAACUCUCUCCAACUUAUUAAUGUGAAAGAAAUACUACACCCUACCCAAGCAGAUCCAUCCUGGAUUACUGAGCAUCCAGGUGUGUUGGAGCGUGCGGAGUUUGAUGAUAACACCUUUUUAGCUGAACGGCCUUCAGCAGAUGAAUCAACGGUCAGCAAUACCUUGCCCUUUGAUUCCACCAAACCAGAUUCCACUUCAGAUAGUGAAGAGUCCAAUGACAAUGAAAUCCACCGAAGACCAGCAAAUCAGGACUCUGAGGCCAGCUGGACACCUGAUGCUCCACUUUCCUCCAAAGCUGAUGUCACCUCUUCGCCUGAUGAGCUGAAUUUAGAAGAUGGGAAUCAGACUCCUCCUUUGGUCACUGCACCAGCAUUAGAGCGUGAUUCUGUGGACUCCCUGGAAUGGCUGUCAGCCCCUGAUUCUUCAGAUGGGUUUGAAGAUACUGGGCUAUCAGAAGACUUUAUUCUGCCUUCGAGUCCCCCUUCUCACCUCGUGCCUGAAGAACCUCCAUCUACAGAUGAUUACGUAGUUCCCCUGUCUCCUGCAUCAACAGUGGCCUCCUCGUCAGUCACGGAGACUGAUACUAAAGCAACAGCCUCUGCUGAGGUGGAAAAAGUAACUCAGGGUAGUCCUGCAGACAGUAACAAUGCAGACUCUGUGUUGCAUAAUUCUGUGGAAGAAAAUCCUUUUCCCUCAGAAUUACACCCUGUAGAAGCUGAAACUGAUAUUUAUCUCGGAGAUAGAAUUACAUAUGAAGAUGGGUCUGCUUCAGCUUUUGAUGGUUCAGGAAAAGAAACGGAAUCAAGUAUUUGGCCUUGGGAAGAAGCAACGCUGGAACCUGUUUUCUACCCUGGUCCUGAUAGCUGGCUUGAUGAUGAUAAUGAGUCUUUGUUAAUCAGAACUGAGGAUAUUCCUGAAGGCCUGAUCUUAGAUUAUAUUCUUAACUCUCAGAAUAAAUUAGAUGAUGAUCCUUCCAAAGAUGAAAAUGAAGGUAUGGCUGACAUAGAAGAAAAUUUUCUUGAUGAAUCUGAAAUAUUUGUCUUUCCUGAGACUACAACUCAGCACGUAUCUCUGCUUCAGACAGAGGAGCCAUUACCUGUGGAGCCAUCUACACAGACAGAAGCAUCGAGCACAUACGAUUCUUCUUUUGUUAAACCAGUCCUCAUUCUGGAGCCAUCAGAGGACUAUUCCUUUGUAGACAUGCCAACUGGAGAAGCCCCUGUCUCAACACACAACACAGAUGUGUCUGUUGAAGAUGAUAGUCUCCUUACACCUGCAGUACCCCUCAGUAUGGACAAUAGUCCUACAUCUACUGCAGCACUCAGUACGGACAGUAGUCUUACAUCUACAGUAACCCUCAGUAUGGACAGUAGUCUUGUAUCUACAGUAACCCUCAGUGUGGACAAUAGUCUUACGCCUACAGUAACCCUCAGUACAGACAAUAGUCUCACAUCUACCGUAAGCCUCAGUGUGGAGCAACCUGAAGAGUCCAGUGUAGGUCAGGAGAUCGUUUCUGAGGCAGUUGAACACCAGCAUGAAGGCAGGCCAACAUCAGAAGAACUGUUCACAGCAGGGCAGUCAGAUCUGACUGAAUCUGCUACGAUAGGCUACUUGGACACAAGCAGUUCAGAAACUAUUCUGACUGCAGAUCCUUUUGUGGUGAACACUGAUACUUCCACAGAAGAGCAGCAAGCCCUGGACACAUCUUUGGCAGGCCAAAACACUGGCUCGGCAAUAAAGAAACCAGCUGAUGUUUGGCCUACUGACAGAGUGCUAGAAAAUAUAUUAGAUCAGACAGUAAAAUCAGCAACACCAACUGUAGUUGAAGCUGCAACUACGGUUCCUUCUGUAACAGAGCAGGCCACUGUUCUAGAGGGUGUUGCUGGACAGGGUGGUACAGACCACAGCACGCUUGUUUCCACGAGCAUCAGCACUGUUAGGAACUCCUACGUAACUGUGAGCGUCACAGCAAACAUCGCCGAGCUUCCAUCCAAUCUCCCACCGAUGGGAUCCACAGCGUCACCAUCGGUGGUUACCUCAGCAAAGGUGGGAGAUGAAACAGCCAGGGUCCUGGAUGUGUCAGUGGGGCUGGAUCACGUCAGCGUUGUCAGCUUUUCUCCUGAGCCGAGUGAGGAGGGAAGGAGCCUGACUGACAGUCACGUGGAGCUGACCACCCGUGCCCAAUCCACAGAGAUGGCCAGCGUGGCGUGGGCCACGCGUGAGAACCACAACAGCACUCCUAUCCCAUCACGAGCUCUGGUCGUGUUUUUCAGUCUUCGGGUUACCAACAUGAUGUUUUCAGAGGACCUGUUCAACAAAAAUUCCCCUGAAUAUAAAGCAUUGGAGCAACGAUUCUUGGAACUGCUGGUGCCGUACCUUCAGUCAAACCUAACAGGCUUCCAGAAUCUGGAGAUCCUGAACUUCAGAAAUGGCAGCAUUGUGGUGAACAGUCGAAUGAAAUUCGCCAAACCCGUGCCUCGGAAUGUCACCAAUGCUGUGUACAUGAUCCUGGAAGACUUCUGCAACACUGCGUAUCACACCAUGAACCUGGCCAUCGAUAAAUAUUCCCUGGAUGUGGAAUCAGGUGAGCAAGCAGAUCCCUGCAAGUUCCAGGCCUGCAAUGAGUUCUCCGAGUGCUUGGUGAAUCGCUGGAGUGGGGAGGCUGAGUGUGUCUGCAAUCCCGGCUACCUGAGCAUCGAUGGGCUGCCGUGCAACAGCAUCUGUGAUCUGCAGCCCAACUUCUGCCUGAACGAUGGCAAGUGCGACAUCAGCCCCGGGCAAGGCGCCAUAUGCAGGUGUCGUGUAGGAGAGAACUGGUGGUACAGAGGGGAGCACUGUGAGGAAUACGUGUCUGAGCCCCUGGUUGUGGGUAUUGCCAUUGCUUCUGUGGCAGGGUUCCUUCUUGUGGCAUCUGCUGUCAUCUUCUUCUUGGCCAGGACCCUUCGAGACCAAUACACGAAGAGCGACACUGAGGACUCUCAGGGGCAGGGUGACAGCCUCUCGUCCAUUGAGAAUGCCGUUAAGUACAACCCCAUGUACGAAAGCGAUACGACUGGCUACAGCCACUACUACCGCAGGUACCCUCAGCUAACAUCCUACAGUUCCACCAGCGCAGACACGUCCACCGACUACAGCAGUGAAGAGAUAAGGCACAUUUAUGAAAACAGUGAGCUUACAAAGGAGGUAAGUGACAUGGCUUUUAUACUGGCAGAGAUGUACAAUAGCUAAAUAAGUCACAACUAUGGCUGCUGCAACUACAUCGGAGGAGAGAGAAAGGCCUUCUUGACCUGCUUGCUAUUAAGCGUAUGGAAAGGAAUGGGUGUGCUUGGAGGAGUAAUGAAUUUCACAUGAUAACAGAGCUGACUGCCUAAGUAGCUGCAUGAGGACUGGAGUGGUUUGCUUUAGUGCUAGA